AGAUUCUAAAUUGUAAUUGUUAUUUGUAUACCACGUGCUGAUUGCAUGUUACCCCACUUGAAUUUGUAAAGUUUAAUAUAUAAUUGAUAUAUAUUUCCACACACAAAAAAAAAAUAUUUUGACUAAGUAAUUUUCUACUUGUGUCAAAUGUCAUACUGUAAAGAUUUUGGAAAAGACAAAGUGAUAUUUGUGUCCAAAGAAGAUCAUGAGACACCAAUUAAAGUUUCUUUACCAGAAAAUUCUGAUGACGACUCACCAGGUCUUAUUUUAGCUAAUGGAGAAAUAAACUGGAGCUGUCCAUGUUUAGGUGGGAUGGCAACAGGACCGUGUGGUCCCGAGUUUCGAGAAGCCUUUUCUUGUUUUCAUUACAGUACAGCUGAACCUAAAGGAAAUGACUGCAUUGAGAAGUUUCAAGAAAUGCAAGAAUGCAUGUUUAAAUACCCUAGAUUAUAUCCUUUAAAUGAAGAAAGUGAUAAAAAGUCAGUGAAUGAUAACAUCCAAGAAGAAAGGCUGUCAAGCAGUGGAGAAAAUCAGUCUCUCUCUCUAGUAAAAAUGUAAUAGUUUUAAAAGAUUAAUGUAUUAUAUUUAUUAGGAAUAGUUGCCACAUGAUUCAAAUAUUUUGUGUGAAAAAAUCUCUAACACUUCUAUAAAAUCAUUUCCAUUUUUAUCACUAUGAUAAUACAAUCCUGAUUAGUGUUUACAAUUGAAUAUAUUAAACAUAUAACUUAAAUUUUACCUAAUUUCUUGAUUUUAUCUUGUGAAAUAUUUAUAAGAUUCCAUCAGUCCUGAUGCUGUUUUUAAGUACAGAAUUUAGUGACAUUGGAAAGAGUUCUUUACAUUCAAAACUAGUACUGGUUUUGUCUGUUUAUUUCUUAUUUUCCUUUGAUAUUGCCCCUGGUGGCUCAGUGGUAAGUCUGAGUACUUAGAAUGUUAGCAACUGCUUUUCAGUACCUGUGAUUGACAGAUCACAGAUAGCCCAUUGUUUAACUUUGCCCACAAUAACAAACAAACUAAUUUUUGUAUUUUAUUCAGUCCUUGGUUUACUGUUGUAUUUACUUAGUUUUUUUUUGUCUACCCAUUCCAUGUUUUCCUUUUGUGUAUAAUUCACUUUUGUAUCUAUUUCUGUCCUAUUAUUUCUUUAAUGAUAUAUAUUUAUUUUUCAUUUCAUUUUUAUGUACAUCUUGGUGCAUGUUUUAUUAUCAACCAUUAUUUUGGAUAUUUCAUGAUAUACAUAGGUAAAUAGAGUUAGUAUUUUACUUGUAGACCUAUCAUGACAGUAUAAAAAACCCUUACAAGAUGUGGUGCAUUAUUUAAUUCUUGUAGACCCAUC